AUGCCACAUCGCAGAUGGCCCGUGACUUGGUACGACGAGACCACAGGCAAAGUGUACAAAUAUGGUGGUUGGGCAUACAAUAGCACGGACUGGACAGCCGACCUGUGGUCCUAUGAACCCGGUGGUCUCACCAUCUACUGGUCUCAAGAAGUCGCGCCUGCAUCAGAUGGGCUGUCGUUUGGAGCGAACGCGCCCUUCGCAUCAGCCUGGGCCGUAGGCAACUCGACGUUGUACAGCUUAGGAGGCUCCAUUGCCAACGGCAACGGAGGCGACCCGAAUACCAUUAUCUCAGGCUUGGUGCAGCGUGAUUCAUCAAGUCAGAGUUGGAGCAACUCGACGACUGACGUUCCCAACAGCUCUCCAUAUUUCAACCAGGCACAGGCAGAGUUCGCCCCGAAUUUUGGUCAAGAAGGUUUCGUGGUUGUUGUUGGAGGUACUAAUCCCAACGUGCAAGCGUUUACAUUUGAGCAAGACACAUCAUUGCGUGACAUGGCAGAUAUUGUCUUGUAUGACGUAUCCACGAAGACAUGGUUUGUUUACGGCGGCAUGACGAAUACAACCUACGACCUCAACUAUCCUGACGAGCCUGGCUACCUGAACGUCUAUGUCCUGUCUCUACCUGCAUUCAGAUGGUUCCAAACCCCGGCGACAACCACCACCCGCCGCUGCAGCCAUACUUGUUCCGUCAUCGGCAACCGGCAAAUGGUCUCUAUUGGUGGCCGUCCGCCUAGCACGUUCAACCAAUUCGGUGCCGAUUUCGAUGAAUGGGCCAGUGGCAUCGGGGUUAUGGAUAUGACCGAAUUACAGUGGAAGGACCACUACGACGCUGGGGCUGCACCGUACGAGCGAUCGCAGCUGGUCCAGAAAUACUACGAUCAAAGCUACGUCAAGCCCGCGUGGAGUGAUCCUGCAUUGGCAACAGAAUUUGCAUUUGCCGCCGCGACCCAUCCCUCUACUACCACGCCCAUACCUGGCCCGACCAGCCCAGCUCCGCCUCAGCCCCCGGAAACAUCAACACCUCCUCACCACACAUCCCACACCGGUGCCAUCGCCGGCGGUGUCGUGGGCGGCGUGGUAGGCUUAGGACUUAUUGCUGGCCUCGCAUACUUUCUGGGAACCCGUCGGAACCGCAAAACCACCACCCCGAGCGAUCCUGUGCCUCCACCGUCGGAACCAAAGCCUUCGCAAAUACCCAAUAGUCCAUCGUCGGUACAGAAACAGUCGCCAGAGCUGGCCGAGACCCCAGUCUUUGAACGAAGUGAGCUGGAGGGCGAAACCCGACGGGUCGCCGAGUUGCCAGGCUAUUAUGGGAGUUUUCAGCCGGCACAGAGAUGA